AGAAAAAUGGCAAAUGCUCCGCUCAGUAUCUACAUGCAGGCACUUUGGUAUUGUCAGCUAAUAAAUACGUGUAUUUUUAUAUUGUAUUGUGUUUGGAAUUCACUAUAGAAUACUUCUAUGCUAUUAUUACACAAUUCAUCGCAGUGAGAAAAACUUCGUUUUUUGCUGAUGGGAUUCGGCUUGUUGUAUGCAGAUUAACACAAUGCAGUCCGUUUCUGCUGCUGUCUCCAGAAUGCAGGAAGUACUAAAGACAAGGCGAUGCUGUGCAGGUGUUCCACCGGGACGAUUGUGGCUACUAUUUUCCGUGAAUAUUUUUGCAAUCUUUAUUUGGUGGUUUGCCAUUUUAGAAAUGGACGUGGAAGUGUCCGAUACACGCUACUGGCGCCGACCACCCUCCAGCACCAACUACACAUCCACAUACGGCAGCGUUUUCCGUAAAGGUCAAGCCUCCAUGAAAACCUACAGUCUGUUGUACCGCGUGUCCAUUCUUUUCCACCUGAGCUCCACUUUCACAGCCUGCAUCGUUUUCUUGCUGUUUCGUGUCAUUGUACUGCGCAAUCCGCAGCGUUUAUGCAUGUACUGCGAAGUCGCCAAGGUGGGGUUCAGUGCGGAAGACGUGAACAACUUCCAGAAGAAGAUCCAACUGUUAUGCAUCAUUGCCUGCAUAAUCGACAUUGUGGGAUGGAUAUUCGAUAUGCAUUUGCUGUACGGCCUUCUAUCGCCGGGUGUGACCGCGACGCUGAAGAAAGCUCAAAUUGCGUAUCACAUCAGCAAUGCAGCCGCGUUGAUGUGCCAUAUUUACGGAGCGAUGGCGACGGUACGCCUGCCGAAAGCAUUCUUCGAAGAACUAAAGCCUGCUUUGAAAACAUACUGCUUUCAUUGCUUGUAUCCUGUAAAAUUGACAGUUGAUUAAACUUAUUUUAGGUGAGAAUUUUUUUAACCAAACUACUGUGCAAGAAAUACAGAGUACACUUUUAGCUACCGAGCCGGGUGUAUAAAAAACCCCGGCCUGAUCCAGUCUUUCGUUUACACUUUAGUAUUUGCAGUGUUCGUACAUUUCACAAUCAUUCUUCAUUCUCUUUCACAAAUAAUUUCUGUAUAGAACAGCAGCAUUACUUAAAUAAAAUGUCCGCAUUUCCUGCAGUCAAUA